AUCACAAACAAUAUGGCGUCCGCUAGCAAGUAACCUUGCAUAUCUGUGAAUCUCUUUGUUUUACAAGCUAAAAACGGGGGUACUUUAAUAAUUUUCCCUAGCUUCGAGUAAGAAAGAAGAAGCAGGACAUAUAGGAGACGUAGAUUACCACAAUUUUAAACAGGUGUUUUCGCUGAUUUUCAAAAUGGAACACAAGCGUUUGUUAAAAUGUUGUGUCGAGAUUUUAGAUUCGUUUAAUCCAAGGAUUCAUGGUGUUUUAGAACACCUUAAUACCUGCCUGGCAACAAAAACGGAUCUUGGAGAAAGUGAUGAAUCUUUUCUUACAGAAGUGUUUUCUGGAUGCGUGCAGUACACAAAUAUCGUAAAGGUUGUUGUAGAUGCAUUCUUUGCUGAUAUUGGCAAGACUUCCCUUCGUGUUGACAAAAAUGUAUAUACUGUUCUGGUAUAUUUGGCUCUCUACAGACUUGAUGAACUGGGAAUUGCACAUUUUAGAAAAUUUGUCAUGAGCCAUGAAGCCAACAAGAUGCACAAAUUUCUCUCAUUCGUGUUCAAUGAAAGCAACAUAACAACAUGGAUGAAAGAUGAGUGGUGUAAACAUUACGAACACAGUUAUGUUCAAACACAUUUGAUAUCCCCCCUUUUGAGAUGGUUACCAGAGUUAAAUGGUCUAAUCACUGAUUUAAGAGAUAAAUUAGCCAACAAACAGAAGCCCAGAAAAUCAAAACCAGCUACAGAACCAAAGCCAUUUAACCUGACAAAACCUCGACCAAGAAGUGUUCCUAUGCCAGAGAAGAUCCCUAAAUUAAAGAAGUCUAGACAGGUCCCUCAGACUACAUAUCAUGCACCUGUUGAGGAAGAUGUUAUGGCUAAGAUUAGGGAAGAAAAUCGGAAAAGAGCUGAGGAGGAAUUCUUAAGAUCAUCAGCCAGGCAACCUGCGUGUGCAAGUGCUGAGAAAUCUGAUAAAACUAAACGAAGAAUGAGACAAAUUACAGAAGAGGAGAACUCCAAGUUACAGUUCAACAAACCCAAAGCACAAGAGGCGCCGUCAACCACAGGUGGAAACAUUCCGAUCAAGUUAAAUGCAGCAACAAUCAUGAGAGAAGGAGUGCUUUUUCACAAGAAAGAGGAAGAGGAACUGAAAAGACUGUCAGAGUAUGAAAAAGGAGGACGUGAUGCCACUGAGUUCUUAAGAUGGCAAGAAAGUGCCAGAAAGAAAGAUUUGGAAGACAGACUCGCUGAGAUUGAGAAACGAAGAUUGGAGGGAAAGUUAAGCUACGAGGAGGCGAUACUUGCAAGACAAACAAUGAUCAAACAAAACCAACAUCGGGUCAUGGAAAUUAAACAAGAGACACAAGAGAUGAUGCAGAAACAUCUUGAGAGAAAGUCGAAGGAAGGUGAAGAAAUGAGGAAACUCGUCGAGCAAACCACGAUGGAACAUGAAAAUACUAAAGAGGCCCGCAGAAAACUUCAAGAAUACAACCAAAAACUGGUUCAAGACGUCAGCAAGGAGAGUCAAGAACUUAUGCGUAAAGCUUUGGAAGAAGCUGAAGAAGAAAUGAGACAGAGAGUUGCGCUGAUUGCAAAGAUACGAGCCAUAGAGAGUGUACCAGUCAUUCGAUUUAAGCACGUGGAUCUCACAGAAACUUCAGGAGCUGGCCUCCUCAGUGAAAUGUCUGUAGCAGAGCUUCGUGAGAGGUUGGCGUUACUUAAAAUUGCCGAGAAAGAGGCGGAGGAGGAGAAAAGGGACAAUAUAUUGAAGUCCAAAGUGGAAAAAGACCAGUUCCUUAUGGACACUUUAGAAACCAUCGCCAAGCACCGAGCUGAGAUAGGAAACGAAGCAGCCGUGCAGCUGGAAGCAAAGAAGCGACAAAAGAAACCCGAAGUGAAGGAUCCCAAGCUAAAAGAAUUACAAGAACGAUUGGAGGCCAGGAAAGCAGAACGCAAGAAAGAAAGCGAACGUCUAGCGGUGGUUCCGAAGAAGAGCUCAGCACGAAGACAAAAGGCUCUACAGGAAGAGAAGGCGGCACUGGAGAAGAUGAGGUGGAAAGAACUUGAACAAACACGAGAAAAAGCAGCUAAGCUUCGAGGUGAAGGCUUAGCGAGUAGGAAUUCGGCGGGUGUACGGCCUGUAACAACCCUAAGGUGAGAAAAUAAGAGAGAUCAAUGAAUAAAGCAGUAUAGAGCAGUUUUCAGUUUAGUGUCAAAAACCAAGACCAAAGUAAUCCCGGUGACCAAUCAUAACAACGAUUUACAUUAUCAUUGGCUAAUGAGAACUCAAAAUGAAACAGGCAAACUGCAUGAAGCGCGGGAAAACGCAAAUGAUCAAGUGGCGGUUGUUCAUAGUUUUGCAUCCGAUUGGUUGAGAGUAUGGCGCGAGUUCUCUGGGCCAAUCACAAAGCAAAGUUAGAAAAAACAAAAGCAAUCCUGAAUUACUUUCGACACUCAAUUCAAAAUUUCUUAGUCCUCGCUGGUAGCGGGAAACAUUAUUUCGAAAGUCCUCGAAAAGGUCAUGAAAUAUCAUAUCACGCAAGGUUAAUUAGUUUUCAGAAUACGAAUCCUGUUUAAUUACUGCAUAUGAAACAGCUUCGCUCGGUUUAAUUCUUUGCAGAUGAGCAGAUAUGUAAAAUAACUAAGUAUAUAUUUUUGCUUUUUUUUUCAGAAAUCAACGAACCACAACAAAGGUUGCAACCUAGAUAAAACAGUUUUAAAUUAUAUAAGUUACGUAUAUUGAUGUUUGCCUGUCUCCAGAAAGUCACACAAUAAUAAAAAUUUACGUUGGUUGAAACGAAAGAUCUACAGUUCCCUUAUUUCAAUUUUUUUUUGUUUAUUGUUAAUGUAGAAAUGUAGAUUCUCCUUCAUUUAAUUCUGCGCAUUACGAGUUAUACUUUAAUAGUUAAUUAACCUUUCACAAAGGCUACCUCGUGGAGAUCCUUUUUCCCAGCCAUUUUGAGAUCGAAUGACGCAUGGAUGGUUCCAUGAUCAAAUUACUCAUUCGGAAAUCGAAAUCGUUGUUUAUUAGAUGAAAUACUAUUUCAAGUAAUUAACUGUCGUUAAUUAAAUUUUGUUUGUGAUUUUUUUGGUCAUUUUUGUCAAUACAUUGGUUUUGUUUUGCGGGAUAAAAGAUGACUAACCCUAUGUUGGAAAGCAUUAUAAGUCUGAUAACGACGUCACUUUGCUGAGUCUAUCCUGCCUUUGAAGAAACUGAGAAAAUAAAAUUUCUCCUGUUAUCGAGGUUCAUAAGUUUCCUUAUUCUCUAAGACACCUGCAGUCAAUGUCAUUUUCAAACUUUGGACUAACAGGAAAAAAAGCAGCGGCCUAAUUUAGUCGGAGACUUUUGAGCAGGUAGUUGAAUAAAUAGAUAUCUAGAACGACAGAGUCCUGUUAGCAAACGGGCUUUCUGAUGACGCAGUCUCCUUUAAACUAUUUUUAAUUUCUGGCAAAAAAUGAAAUGCAAAAGAUCGGAUGUCACUCCACUUAGCUUGAGGUUUUCAUUUUCGGAAAGUUACUGGCUGAUGCUGAGAUAUUUUUUUGCGUCCUGCACUCAGAGGCAUGAAGAAGUUUUUCAUGCUAUUAAGUGUAAUUAUUACCAUUCCUGACAUCGCUGUUUUGAAAGGUAAUUUUUUUUUGCUUUAUUUUUCCUAAGGAAUAACGGUUUAUUGAAACGCUGAGUUUUCGACCGACGCCACAAAUUCUGCUCUUUAAAGAGUGAAUUUUCAAAAUAGGUUUAAUUUUGAAUGGCGUAUUAAAAUUCAGUGGCAUUAUAUAUUUGCAAUUUAUACACAACUUUCAAUACAUCACUUGCGAUUUUUACGUGAGUUACGGAAAACGUAUCAGCCGAUAGCGUUAAAUUUACCGUAUAUCAAGCAAACGCUCACUAAAGGCACAAUACAAAAAUCAAAUUUAAGUGUAUGCUUAUUUUGAAUGUGGCUUCGUCUAAGCAUGUGAUAGAAUUGGACAGCGUAAUUUCGUAAUUAUAGUAAUUAGAUAGAUAUAUGUAGCUCACAGAAGACUGUUAAAUUAAUAGUAUUUAGAAAAAUAUGCCAGUGGUUGUUGUAGCUCCUGCUAUUUCCGCUCUUUAGUUAGUGAAUUAUUCCGGUUCCCUUGUUUUAGUUCUCAUGGUGUUUAUUCGUGAUACACUUUGGACCGA